CUUCCCCCACAGCAUCACGGACCACUGAUCUUCCCAUCAGAGGAUCUCAGAAGCCAAGUCAGGAGAGGAUACCUGGGGGAUGUGAGACAUGACAGCAAGGGCUUCUCCAGCCUGCUUCUCAUCACCACAGAUGGGUGAUAAGCCAGAUUGCUUCUAGCCCCACAUCAGCCAUACAACCCACAGAGAUCCUACAUCUUUGAUGCCUUCUUUAAGGAGAGAAAACUCAUGGAUUGUUUGCUCACUGACCCCUGCACUGUGGAAUAAUGGAUGACAAACUUCCAGAUCAAGUGAAAGUAACAAAGGCCUAGGAAAUGAAGCUGUGGGUCUGGGACCCAAAGGAACUCUUUCUCACUCAGGAGUGGAUACAGAGGCAAUGAAGACUCAGGUCCGUGUACUGGUAUUUUUAAGCUACUGGAUUUGUGGAUAUACAUGACACAGCGAUAGACAACUAAGAAGCACCAUCCCCAUGACAGUCAGUGACAAUACAAGUAAAAGACCACCAACUUAGUGAAAGCAGCGUGGUGGUGACCCCUGUAGUUUUGACACUUGAGAGUCUAAGGUGAGAAGAACAGAAGAUCAAGGCUAACCCGGGCUAUACAGGGAGAGGCCAUCUUGAAAGGGGGUCAAAAAGAUGGUUUAUUUGGCUCAUGAUUUCAGAGUUUGGGGUUCAUAGUCAUUCAGCAAGUUGCUGUGUGUGGACAUGCUGGCUCAGUACCUCAUGAUGGCGGGGGGAGUUGUCACCGGCUGUUUAUUUCAUGAAGAAUGGGAACCAGAAACAGAGGAAAAGGUGGGUCCCAAUAUUCACUUCGUGGUCACACCCAAAAUGACCCAGCUUUCCAUUACUAGGCUCCACUUCCAAAUACACCCACACACUGGCUCCUCUAAGAGCCGAACCAUAACGAUCCCAUUUUAUCCAAGUGAGAGGUUCUGAGUUCAGGCAGGCUGGGAUCACUGAUGGGUCCCACAUUUGAACCCAGGUCUAUCUGACUCUGGAGCCCACAAUACUGCUUCUCUAUUUGGCCUCUCAAAUGAGGAGGAAACUGAAGCACUUUGGGCCUUGCCUGUGCCAGCUGCCCAGUAUCCAAGCACAGAAGGUGCCCCAGUCUCUGGGUUCCUUCCGGGUCAAUUUGAGGAACCCCGGGAACCCGUUUUAUGGUCUACCUCCUCAGUCCACUAUUUUACAUUGCUCUUAGGGUUCCCCAGAGUCUCAGCCUGACCUCCCAAAGCCUCAAGUAAAGAGAUGUUACCUUCCCUUCAGAAUCUGGCAGUCCAGGCUCACACACGGUGAAGCCAAGCUGCAAGUUUCACUGAGAAACAGGGGCAGGAACGCCCCAGGAAUCCAACCAAAAACAUCUUCACAGCACAGGACAAAGGGAAGAAGCUAAGCAAAUUCGGAAAGGAAGAAGGUUUCUGAGGGCCGCACAGGACCGGGAAGCUGGCAGCCCUGAAGGAUUCUACUUCAUGUCCUGACUUCUCUUUGCACCAAGACUGAGUAGGAGCCCCUGUGAGCUGGAUCAGUCACAGUUCAAAGCUGACAAUGUUUAAAACACCAAGACCCAGAUGUUUGUAAGAAUUCAAACCAAGACCCAGAAAGCCCUGGCUGCCCUGAGCCAUCUUUCUAUCUCACAUUCCGAACCCACUGCCAAAGGAGAUCAAACCCUGCCUUGACUUCAGGCCCAGCCUACUACAACAAGGCCCUGCAACAGAUCGAGAGGCACUGGCCCUGCAUCGGCAGAGACAAGAGAUGAGGACCAAAAGGAGAGGGAGAAAAGAAACAGACCCGGAAAGAAAGACUGGCGCAUAAAAAAGCUACAGCAUCCCAGCCACUAAGGAAACAGUCUUGGAACCCAGGUGACUCCAAACCAGGUUCUUGGUUCUUUUAACCUUGGGCACCUCUCCAGCAAGCAUCCCCGAGUCUCUUUGGAUUCCUCCAUUAACCACACUCACUUUACCGCCUCUCCCCAUGCUCGCAAGAGCCCUGGUGCGGGGUAUGACGCCACGGCCCGACACAGUUCCGCAUGCAGCCACCGGGUGGCGAGCUGUUCUCAGUCUGACCUUGCAAUACGGCCAUGUGUCACCAGAUGGUGCCCGAGGCCGCGGCUCUGUGGGCAGGGCCCGGACAAGGUGGAGCCCUGUCGGCUUACUGGUCCCAGUCCCAUCCUCUCUACUCCAGCACACGUGACCUCCGCCGCCGCUAACCAGCACCAUGGCCCAGCCAGUGCCUCGGCUGUCUAUCCCCGCCGCGCUGGCCCUGGGCUCCGCCGCGCUGGGCGCCGCCUUCGCUACUGGUCUCUUGCUGGGGAAACGGUGGCCUCCGUGGGGGUCCAGGCGGCCACAGCGCCUGCUGCCACCUGAGGACAAUCCCCUGUGGCAGUAUCUACUGAGCCGCUCCAUGAGGGAGCACCCGGCGCUGCGGAGCCUGCGACUGCUGACCCUGGAGCAGCCGCAGGGGGAUUCCAUGAUGACCUGCGAACAGGCCCAGCUUCUGGCCAACCUGGCGCGGCUCAUCAAGGCCAAGAAAGCUCUGGAUCUGGGUACUUUCACGGGCUACUCGGCCCUAGCCCUAGCCUUGGCGCUUCCCGAGGCUGGCCGCGUGGUGACCUGCGAGGUUGACGCUGAGCCCCCGAAGCUGGGACGGCCCCUGUGGAAGCAGGCAGAAGUGGAGCAGAAGAUCGACCUUCGGCUGCAGCCCGCCCUGCAGACAUUGGAUGAGCUCCUAGCGGCGGGCGAGGCCGGAACCUUCGACAUAGCGGUGGUGGACGCGGACAAGGAGAACUGUGCCGCCUACUACGAGCGUUGUCUGCAGCUCCUACGCCCCGGAGGCGUGCUCGCCGUGCUCAGAGUCUUGUGGCGCGGAGAGGUGCUGCAGCGUCAGCCCAGGAACAAGACUGUUGAAUGUGUGCGGAACCUAAAUGAGCGCAUCCUGAGGGACGCGAGGGUCUACAUCAGCCUCCUGCCCCUGGAUGACGGGCUCUCCUUGGCCUUUAAGAUCUAGGGUUAACACGAAGCUUAGGGCUUCGGUGUGAGAACCUAAGAACCCCAGCCAGUGACCCGACUUUUAAACCUGACAAUAAAGGUACUGGAACA